CCGGCCACAACGACUCACUCCAGUCACUCUUCCUAUUUUACUUUAUUCACUCGGCUGAUCUGCUCCUUAACAGGAUUCAAAAGAUUAAAAUUGGUGUGAUCUCCACUAAUUCUACAGCUACAAGAACCAUUGCCAAUCGAUAUUUAUUACAAUCCCCUCCCCAGCUCAAAUAAGUCACUAGUAGAGACAUAAAAGAAAUUUGGACUUGCUGCCGAAAUCCUUAGAAAUAAAAUGGUGCUUCACAAUCCCAACAACUGGCACUGGGUGAACAAGGAUGCCUCUGCGUGGACCAAAGAAUAUUUGGAAACAGCACUUACUACCAUCUCCGCAGAGGAAGAUGGAGUGACUGCUCAGAUAAAGAAGGUUGUCAGCGUCGAUGGCGAUGUAGACGUCAGCCAGCGGAAAGGCAAGGUUAUCACAUUAUUUGAUAUUAAACUACAAUUAGAAUAUGAAGGUAAGACGAGCGACGACGAGGACGUCAGCGGCUCAAUCAAUAUCCCUGAGGUUGCGCAUGAUACCGAGGAAGACGAGUAUGUCUUUGAUAUUGGCAUCUACUCCGAAUCUGCCUCGAAGCAGCCGGUGAAAGACCUUGUCCGCUCUAAACUCGUUCCUAAAAUUCGCAAGGAAUUGGCAAAAUUAGCCCCUGCUUUGAUCGCCGAGCAUGGAAAGGAUAUUCAACAUGCCCCUGGCUCCAACCCUUCAAGCGGCUUUGCGACACCAAAGAACCAGCUCCCCCAGAGCAGCGCCCAAACUCCAAGAACUUCCACUCCCAGCACUACAACCACUCGCGCCUCCUCCAAUGUUAAUACUGUCACUGUCACCGCUUCAGACGAAUUCCGCACUACCGCAGAAGAGCUCUACACAACCUUCACGGACCCCCAGCGCAUUGCUGCCUUCACCCGGGCUGCUCCUCGGCGAUUUGACGGUGCAAAUGUUGGCGGUAAAUUCGCAAUUUUUGACGGCAAUGUCGAUGGCGAGUAUAUAAAGCUGGAGUCUCCUACCUUAAUUACCCAGAAAUGGCGGCUUGCGCAAUGGCCCGAGGGACACUACAGCAUGCAAGAGAUUAAAUUUGAUCAGAAUGAUGUUGACCGAGUCACCACCAUGCGUGUGAAGUGGGAUGGCGUUCCAGUCGGACAGGAGGACGUCGUCAAGCGAAACUGGGAAGGAUACUAUGUGCGGAGCAUUAAGCAGACAUUUGGGUUUGGCACGAUUCUCUGAUCUACACUGAACUUCAUAGAAAUGUCAAAAAUAAAAAACUUUCUAUGUUCGGUUAUUUCUUUUCAAAAUUAGCAAACCUGACUACGAAAAUAGCAUGAAACGAGAAAAAUGACUGGUUCAAUGAAGAAGGGGUGGGCGAAGAAGUUGAUAUCAAUCUCACAUUAUCAAACAAAAGAGAAAAACGCAACCAUGGCCGAUAACCGAUGAGAACAGGAGGAGAUCGAAUUGAAAUAUCCAUAUGUUGAAACACAAUUACGGUCGUUUCCCUUCCCGCCUACCAUAUAUUUGUUGUUAGUAUGGACUAAUCGCCCAGAGUAUUAAUUGGAGGUGUUAGACAACCUGCCGAAAUAAAUUUUGACAGCCGUUAGAAGCUCGAAUUCAUUGCUAACAACAAUCAAUAAUUAAGUAAUUUUACAUUAUGGAUUAUUCCUUCUGCAUUUUCGUGAGCGUUGCAAGGUUGGGUUUUCUUUUUGCAUUUCCAUUUCUGAGGUGGGGCUGUGUGCUAUAUUCCCUUCUAUCGACUCCUUCAUAUAUAUAUAAUCUACCUUCAAAAUUACAUGCUAUUCCAGGUUAAA